AUGGAAUAUAUUCAAAUAGAAAGUUUGGAAUGCGGUCCGGGUGGCAAUUCAGUGAAUUUCGAGACGGUAUAUAAAGGAUGUAGCUGCACGGGACCAUGCAAAGCAAGUACUGGUUGCACCUGUCUUCUGUACAAACAGGAUGUUGACAGCAAUUUGCCAAUUCUGGAGUGUUCUACUGAAUGUUCUUGUUCAUUCUUUCCGGAUAAGUGUAAAAAUAGAUGUGUACAGUUGGGCUGUUCACUUCCUCUCAAUAUCUUUGAUGCUGGUGAAAAAGGUUAUGGUUUACAGUGUAGAGAGCUAAUUGAAAAAGGUCGUUUUGUUAUUGAAUAUAUUGGAGAAGUAAUUGGACCAGAUGAAGUGAAGAAGCGUCAAUCCGAUACAAAUUAUGUUCUCACCAUUAAAGAAAUUUUCCGAGGUAAUCACACUGAAGUGACAUAUAUCGACCCAUCAAUUCGUGGGAAUCAGUCACGAUUUAUAAAUCACGGUUGUAAUCCUAACUUGAUAAUGAUCCUUGUGAGGUAUGGUACUCCACAGAUACACGUUGGACUGUUUGCACUUCGUGAUAUAGCUGCUUACGAAGAGCUCACCUACGACUAUGGUGCCAGUACCUCAGAAUUUUGUCUCAAGAAAUGUUUAUGUGGCAGUACAAAUUGCCGGUUGUUUCUUCCUGCUUCUAUUUUAUAG